AUGAUGCAUUCAGUUGGUUAUCUAUACAUAAUUAUCUGGCUUCUUGUUGUUGUUGUUGUCAUUGGAUCUGAAUCAAUUAGUACUUUAGACUCGCCAGCAAAAAGCUCAAUUGAUUCUUUACUUCAAGAAUAUGCUUUCAAGGCAUUGUCAUGGCCAAAAACCAAAACUGGUACUGCUUACAAUGGAUCUGUUCCUUCCAAUUUGGCUGGGAUUAGAAUUUCAGCUUUGAUGCUUAGAAGAGAUAGCUUAAAGUGGAGAGGUUAUGGUUACUUUAAUGAAUUUAUUAUCCCAACUGGGAUCACUGAGGAGCCUCAUGUAACAAGAAUUGUUCUGGUUUACCAGAAUCUUGGUAAUUGGUCCUCAUUCUAUUAUCCUUUGCAUGGUUACACUUAUCUAACACCAGUUUUGGGUAUUUUAGCUUAUGAUGCAAUGGAUAUGUGUGCCAAAAAUAAACCAGAAUUGCAGGUUCAUGCUUUGGAAUUUCCUAUUAAUAUUAAGUUUAGUAAUGUGCAGCCUGCACCAGAGGGGUCUUUGAUCAAGUGUGUUCGUUUUUACUCGAAUAAUUCGGUCGAAUUUGGCAAUGUGACAAAUGGAAAUGAAUGUUCAACUAGAAAACAAGGCCAUUUCGGCAUAGUUGCUGAGUUGAAAAUUGCUCCUAGUCCUUCCCCUUCUGCUGAUGGAAAUAAUAAUCAACUUAGCUCUACAGUGUGGACUAUUUCAUUGGGAUUUGUAGGUUUUGCUUUCUUGGGAAUAUUAUAUAUUGUUGCCCAGAAGUUUAUAUUAGUGGAAAGAAGAGUAGUUUUUGAAGAUUCAGCAGCAAUAAUAUUUGAGCCCUUAUUGGGGGCAGGGGCAGCUAUUGAGCAAGCGGAGGUGACAUUGCCAUUGCCAUUGCCAGACGAAGGUCCGAGCAGACGUUUGCCGGAGAGCGAUUAUGCGACUAGACCGUUGCCUGAGAACGACUAUGUGCCUCAGAUAUUAAGCAACUUCAAUCAACAAUCUGACGAAGAAGAUACGUUGCCGGAUAAUGACUAUGCGCCUCAGAUAUUCAGCAAUUUUGGUCAACAAAGUGCAAAUUGA